UCAGUCUCCCUCAGCGCCCCAGCAAGAGACUAGAGAAUAGUCAAAUCAGAUACCUUUCUCCAACCAGCUCCAGGGAUUCGCAUCGACGCCAGCCAUUGGUCGCCAAACAUAUCCACCUUUCGCCAUGGAGAACUUCUCGCAGGAGGAGAAGGACCUAAAGACACAGCUGGAGACCGUCUUCGCGAAGGCCAACGCCUUGCUAUUACGCCGCCGUGAUAAGCUCACAGCUGCCGGGAACGCUGCCGAGGAAGCUCGCAAAAAGUUCGCACAAACCCAAGAAAGUGCCUUCGCAUUUCUUCGAUCCUUCAGUGAUGGUGCUGAACUCGCCAGUCCUGAGCUGUCCACCGCACUGGCCCAGACCAAGGAGGUAAUCGAGAAACGCAUCAGCUCUGCCCGUGCUAUAAUCAACCACCACGAGCAACAUUGGAAGUUAGCACAACAACAGCUUGGUGAGGAAUAUGUCAACGGCAUAGAUUUCUCCCAGCUUAUGCCUGGGCUACCACGAGAUGAGGGAGAGCUUCGUACUGUGAAUGAUCUCAUAGAGCAGCUCGCUGCUGCAAGUCAAGACCUGGCGGAGAAAGAGGCAAAGGUGGAGGCUGCCCGGGCUAUAGUUUCAGCAGUGCAGCAACAGCUCUCGCCAGUUCUGUCAAAGAAGGCAUAGGGUGAGGUCGGGACAGCAAGCAUAGCAUAGGCUACAUAGGUAAUUCCAGCUUGCUCGAAAGUUUUCGGUUGAGCGAGCACCUGCUACGACGAACGAGAUCGCUGUGGUGCCGACCUUCGUUGACUACAGGAUACCUUCCCGCUUCUCGGCUCCCAUCCGCUUCUGCCCCAGCCUGCCAGAAGGUCUUCACGAAUUCCCCUUCCGCCCACCACAUCACAUCUCUUAUUACUAACGCUGCUGACUAGCCGUUUCUCCUA